GCUUGCUGCUCUGCUCUGCUCUGCUCUGCUCUGCUCUGCUCUGCUCUGUGCUAGCUAGUUUCAAGAUGGCCGGCACCUGUAUACAAUACCUACCUAAAUAGCUAGCCAGCCACACGGAACACGAAACACGCGGGCUCUCUCAGUCUCUCGUUCUCUUGGAAGUGGAGGCAGAGCCAGAGCCAGUGAGACAGGCUGAGCUAAGGUUCUCCUCCCACGUGCUGCGUGUUGCUUGCAACUUCCCCUGGGACUAGUGGCUAGUAGCCAGUCGCUUUAGAGCAUAGCGCUACCUAGGUCUGCUUCACUGUCAUGGCGGGGUCGAUGUACGCGUUGGCGAGGAAUGGGUUCGGUGCUGAUCCUGGUGCGCUGGGGACGGAGACGAUGGUUGCGUUGUUUCAGGUUUGUUGGCCGCUUUAUGGGGUUGUGUGGGUUGAUUGUUUGCCCAGGCUACUAUUUGGGGAGAGCUGAGCUAUACCGUCACAUCUAUGUACGGUCCGAUCUUGAUGGACGCACCAUAGUCCACUUAGUGAUUGGCAACAGGUUCUUCCGGCUCUGCAUUUGCUGCUCCUACCUGCGCCUAACACCCACCCUCUGGCACAUCCGGGUACUCCACGUCGUCAUGAUCAUCACGACGCUCUACUCCGUCUUCUACUUCUUCCUCAUGCUCAACCAAUGCUCGCCUAUCUCCUUCUUCUGGACGCAGUUCAACGACCACACAACCGGGCGCUGUCUCUCUGCUCCAAUCGUCAUCGGCGCCACAUGCGCCCACAACGCCGUCUCCGCCGCAGGCGACUAGAUCCUGAACUGCCUGCCGUUGCUGCUGAUCCUGCCGUCGACGCUCG